CUGGUACCCUACCACCUAACACUACAUAGUUGAGGAAUAUCGCGAUAUCUAUUCAAGAAAAGAAGUUCUUUACUGCAGGUGUGAAUAGCACGUUUUUAAUCUACUAAUACUUACCUGUUACUAUUUCUAAAACAUUAAUCAUACGGUCGGUCUACAAUUAAUUCGAAAAUCCAAUCACAAUCAUGGCGCCUACGGAAACAGACCCCCCCGCAACGCCUACUUUCCUAAAACUGUCGUAUCCGGCGCCGCGGGUGCUCCUGGUACGAAUGGACCGCCCCAAGGCCCUGAACGCCAUGUCCACGGCGGCCCAGUGGGAGAUGGACUCCGUGUGGAAGUGGUUCGACCUCGAGCCGCGUCUCAGCGUGGCGGUCAUCACGGGGACCGGCCGGGCCUUCUCGGCGGGGGCGGACCUGAAGGAGUGGAACAGCUCCAUGUCCGACGACGCCGACCCGAAGAACCGCGUGGGCAACGCGCCGGCCUUCAAGCCGCUCAGCCGGAGGCUCGGCAAGAAGCCCGUCGUCGCGGCCGUGAACGGGCUGGCGAUGGGCGCCGGGUGCGAGUUCGUGAUCAACUGUGAUGUUGUUGUCGCGGCCGAGGACGCCAUCUUCGCGCUCCCGGAAGUGAAGAGGGGGGUAGCUGCGAUCGGGGGCGCGCUGCCGCGCCUUAUCCGGACGAUAGGGCUGCAGCGAGCGUCGGAAUUCGCACUUACGGGGCGGAACGCCACUGCUCAGGAGAUGUUCGAAUGGGGCGUCGUCAACAAGGUGGUAUCGAAGGAGCACGUGGUGGAUGAGGCUGUCAAGUACGCCGAGAUGAUUGCGAAGAACAGCCCGGACGCUAUCGUAUGCACGCGUGCCGGGCUGAGGCAAGGGUGGGAGACGGCCAGCGUGGAGCGGGCUGUGGAAUGGACGCUCGAAAAGGAAUUUGCCGAGCUGCAGAGAGGCGAGAACAUUAUUGAAGGUCUGAAAGCGUUCGCCGAGAAGAGGGAGCCGCAGUGGAAGGGGAGCAAGCUUUAAGGGAAACCCUGCGGGCAUGUACGAAGUAUGUAUCGCCUGGAUUGGGAUGUACCUUCAAACGGAGUUCAGAGGGGUUGAGUUACGAGUCAGGUAGAUAGGGAAUGUCUGGAAUCGAUCUGCACGAGGAUGCAGAGAUAAUCUGGAAGCAGAGUAUGCGAAGAUCAGUGGGAAAACGAUUGGUUGCGAAUGCUACGUUCGGAAUCACCUCGGAUUCUGCCCACAUUGAAGCAGCACUAUUAACGCAUGUCAUAUCAAGAUUGUAUCUAACGAUUGUUAGUACGCCCCCAAGUGCCAACCUAGGGUAGACACGGUGGAGUAAACUUGAAAUCUGAUUGGAUAUAUCAAUACUUCAAUAAAUUCGCAUUGGGCAGAUCUUGAUAAGCUGCUACUCCACCGUGUCUAGUUGGCACUUGAAGACAUAUCAUCACUCAGAUAUGAGUUCUACUACAAUUCUCAUGACCUAAUAUUCAAAUAUACGCAGAAUAAUAGGUACCUAGGUAGCCAUCACUCAUAGACACCUUGGCGAAAUUUUGAAGCCCUCGAAACGUUGCUUUUCACCCAUCGUAACCAUCGUGGAGAUCAAUAUAGUGUACAAUAUAGUGCACACUAUUCCUUCAGGGGUCAUAUAAAAGUACUGCU